GCCCCAGUAAUAGUCUUCGUAAAGAUUACAUUGGGCGCCGUGCACUUACCUGGCGUUGGUUGUACUGUAUAUUGCCGUUUUAUGGGGCAGAUCCAUGUUGACCUUUUCAGCGUGCCAGACACUGACCCGCUGCCGGAGUAUCUUUGUAAGGGCGGAUGGUAGGUGUAAACUGUGGCACUUUCCUGGGUGUUUUCACCAGUGAAUACCAACAGCUGUACGAGUACGUUCGGCCGGCAUGGUGCAUAUGGCAGCCGGCUGCCGAUGUUUGGCAGAUUGCGGCUUAACCCCGGCUUGACACGAAAAUAUGCGGAAUCGAACAGGUCCGAAGGGAAUUCCCGUGCGGCGCAUAGUCCAACCUGCAGGUCGUACGAUACUAAAAAUCGAAAACCAAUAAAACAUUCUUUUCAUGCACGGAAGUCCAUGUUAAUAAAUUUAUGCACAUAAAAAUUAAUAACACAUAUUAGGCACGAUGUGGGCGCUUGAAAAGCAGCCACUACACUACAGUUAUCGCAAAUUCGCAGUCAUAAAGGUAAUUCAUAAUUACUUCGAAAAACUAGUUCAAUUGAUAAAUUCUUUAAUUAUGCGAUAAAUAUGUUUACGUAUACGACGCCAGUAUUUUGAUGUGCACCGCCCAUGCCCAAUGCACGUAUGUAACGUCGUGGGGGGUUCUGGUAUGAGGCUGAGCGUAACCCAUAAAUUUGUAUAUCUCGCAAUACCCUCACACAAGAAAUUAACCACCCGGCUUGUAUCUGUAUGUGUUGAUAAUAACGUAGUGUAAUUUGUUUCAUAUUUGUUACAUCGUUACAUAUAAUUCACAGCGGAAAAAAUUUCCGCAUUGCGCUAAAAUUGCAAUGUAAAUUUUGUUUUUACAGUAAUUUUUCUGCAACAACUUACUUCAUGAGAAUGUGAUUAUUCUAAUGAUUUCAGCAAUUAAGUAUGUAUGCAGAUACUUUCAGUAGUGUUGGGGCUGCUGACGACACGUGCAGUGAUUAGUAGCAUCCUUACAAUAUCAGCGAUAUAUACGGUCAAUUCUUUUAUAAGCCGUAUUGUAGCGCUCGAUUUCGUCAUCCACUGGGGUAUUUUAAGAUAUUCAUCUUUUAGUUGACGUACGACGUACUGUAAGUGCGUAAUAAUUAUUAUAGUUUGCAGUGUAGAUAAUCGAAAAGUGGUGCGGAGUUGCGGCAUGCUGUAGAUGUCCUACUUGAUUAGCUUGUUUAAGACAGAGAAACCUUUAAUAAGUUUCAUAGUACGAGUACAAACUAUGCACCAGAACAAAAAGGCGUUUACAAAAGAAACACUUCCAUGCUAUCCUGAUCGGGGAUCGUACCCAUUACACAAAUCGCGUUUCCCCGUUGUAUUUCCAUAGAUACUUGCUGUUUAAAGAACUCUUUCGCCUUGCUAAGACGUCCAGAGUUAUAACAGCGAUCGAUAGCACUGAUAUCGAUGUGAAUCUGCAAAUAAAUGUCCUUUCGAACAAUUCAACAGUAUUUAUUUGUGUUUUGUGGAAGAGUUGAUUGACCUAGCAAGUACAUCGAAAGUGGUAAUUGCAUUAAAACGAUCGCCUGCUAGUUCAGAAUGCGCUAUGCUGCGUGAAGUACUUACGGGUUUAUACUACGAUUGUUUUGACAAACGGCGAUUGAGAGUUUCGUAGGACAGAUGCAAACAGAUCAAAGGGUACCUUAGAGUGAGUGUUUCUAAAAUGUAAUAUUUUGAAACAGCAAAUCAAGACUGAUUUCAUUUUUAUCCAAUGAUUUCUUCCAUAUCUUUCAACAAACUUAAAAGAAUUUACGGAACGAAGACAGCCAAAAAAUAUAAAAGCAAUCGAAAGCGUUCCAAAUUUUAAUCAAUAUUACGGCAAAUGCAUCGGAAGAUUAACUUAGCGUGUUACGCUUCCGGUAUUCGAAGUUAAAAAAAUUUUUCUGUUACAUGAAUAUGAUAAAGUAUCCAGAAACACUGAAGGUUCACUGGUCGCCGCUACUGAAUUUGUUAUUACCCUACCGCCUGAACACAGUAUAAUCAAUUAUCGUCGCAAGUCUGAACGAUAGUUUCUACUUCCACGGCGCAUCAGCACGAAGGCUCCUGUGGCACAAAUACGGUGAACGUAUCCGAAAUGGUUUCAAGCUCCUCAACGUCCGGACACCUAGCCGUGUCAAUUAAUUCUGUAAUAGUCAUAUUGGAUGCCGUACAGAAGUACUGAGUUGGAUUUACGUCGCUGAGUUUCGGCAAAAACCGGUAUCGACCUUUCCAGCGUACCGGAGUCUCUUUGCACGGGCGAAUGGCCUGUGUAUACUAUAGCGCGGCAUGAUGUUCUGGACAAGGAUGGUCUAUUUCGGCACGGACGCGUGGUGGAUGUGGCCUCCGAUGGACUGUACAUAGACUUCCUAUGCCCUGAUCGGCGACGAGAGCAUGUCUCUUCCUAUAUUAUCUACCGUUCUACCGAAACCCGAUUUGUCAAGCCGACGGAUCUGCAUGCGUCGACGACAUCAGAAAAGCCUAUAGAAGUGCUAAUGCGAGAAUCUUUUUCUGGGCGAUGGACAUGGUUUCCCGUAGAAAUUCUCAGUGGGCUUCCAAGCAAUAUGGCUCAUACACCCUGCCAGGUAGCCGUUGUGCAGUGGUGGAAUAAAACCAAUAACACAACCUGCACAGAUAUCGUUCCAAUUGAACGCCUGCGUUACCGGCUACCCACUGGUUUUUGGGCACUUUUGAAUCGAAGCCAUGUUGUGCAACUACCGCGUCCAUUCGUGUCCACUCGUUCGUGGUUGGGUGGUUCGGCACUGCUGCGCGAAAUGGUGAGCUGCGUUGAAAACGGCGAUUAUUUUAAAGGCAGCCUGCAGAUACCCGAAGUUUCCGGCUCGAUUUCUACUGAAGAACUACUAAAGCGACUGAACAGCAAGAAGGUCCGUUCCGAGUUAGCACAGUUUUGCGAAGUGUCUUUCGUGGAAAUCUUGGAGAGGCAGCUGUCGUAUAUCGUGUACCGUUAUCGAACUGUGGACGAUGGAAAGAAAGCCGGAACUCCAAGAGUCGCGGCAACACAUGGUGAAGAAUUCCAUCGCAGAUUGAUUGAACACAUUGCUCGUAUGCAAACUGACCCGAUCCCCACAGAUACAUUUGGUGCGCUGCCGGUUAAGUUGUGGCAGGAGGUUCUUUCCCAUUUGGACACUCUGACGCAGACAAAAGUGCGUGCCGUUUGCCCAUUGUGGAAUUCCAUCCUCGAUCUCCCGUUGUUGACAGCGAACAUUCUUAUCUCGAAUUCUGGAAGCGAUAAGCAGAAGAGUCUUAGCCGCAUAGAGUAUGACCUGUUAUCACCGAUCUAUAGGUGCCUGAGCUCAGCCACGCAGCGGAUUGUCAUAGUCAAUCAACGCCGGAUGAUGGACGUGAAUGAUUUCUUCGUACUCGUACCUAACAUGAUACAGUGGACUGUAAAACAAAAUUCCGGGGUUCAUUUGAAAGCGAUCCAUUGGGUAAAUCUGCAAUGCCGGCUCUUAAUCCGCAACCGUGCCGAUAGUAUUGAUUACCACGAAUGCGUGCUGCAUCGCAACACAGCCAUGUCAACCGGCCAUCUCAGUGUAUCCACUAUUGGGCUCCCGGAUUUCAUUGAGUCGUGCCGGAAACUCCCUUGCAAAGCCAUUCAAUUACACUCUUGCGUUAUUAAUCUGGAGUGGAUGGUUUCGGGUCCACAAUUUUCGCAGAUCCGAUUAAUUGUGCCAAUUCAUAUCCCAAGGAUGCGACUGGAGACCACAUCCGAUUUCGACUGCGCAGUGUGGGAUGCUCUGGAGGCGGCGCUACCGGCACCUAGUAGCGACGAGCUGCAAAUUUUGUCCAAAUGGAUACAAUCGUCCGCUGCUGGAGAAUACACAUCGACCAAUGGCAGACUGCUUUGCUGGGCUAUGUGUGCGAUGCAUACCGCGGAUCCACGUCCGUCAUCGCAUUACCGUGGAAAAAAAUGGUGCGUUGCUGGUCUACAAGAUUUGCAACUAGAGAAGCUCUCCCGCUUGACACAGCACUUCUGCAUUAAACUGGCGAAAUUACGAGGAUGAUAACUUCUUCAGUACAGCGGCUGGCAGAUAUGUUUUUACGAAGACUGGUUAUGCUGAUUUGAUUUUGUGGCGAUGAGUUUACUCGUACUUACCGCUGACUUUUUCUGUUCCGCUUCGGUGGUCAGUUUAUUUCGCAGCAUGCAAACAUACUCGUCUUGUAACUUUGAUUUGCUGGAAACGUUUUUUUUGUCUUAUAACAUCUUAUAACUUUGAUUUGCUGGAAACGUUUUCUGAUUCAUCGAUCAUUUCUAAGUGCAUUGCCUCCUUUUGGCUUUUGCCCGACGCGAAUCAGUGGCUCAAAUUGGUAUCGUAAGGACUUCUGUCAUAAUCCGGUCAAAGCGAAUGAAAAAGCUGGGAAAACUA